GCUUGAGUGAACUGUUGGACCAAGAGGCAUGGGGUGUUACAUUAGUUUGGAUCCAGAAACAAGCCGAAGACAGAUCCGCUGUCUUUGAUAAAGUUAAAUAUCAAAACAAACAAAAAAGAAGUAAGAUUCCAUUGACCUUGAUGGCGGAACCCGUCGGUACUUAAUCCUAGUUGGACCCCUAAAUUUGGCAUCUCACGGUUAACGGUUUGUCUAUUGAUGAUGAGCCUCAUGACUUCGUAUAUAGACACCAUCUUUGAAGGGACAGCAAGGAGAAUAAUUUCUCUGGACUAAGUGAAGACCUCCCUCUUGAAGAAGUGUGAAACAUGCCCUUGCCAUUUGGCUUGAAACUCAAAAGGACUCGAAGGUAUACUGUUUCAAGCAAGAGCUGUCUUGUCACUCGGAUUCAGCUGCUCAAUGGGGAGUUUGUUGAGUUUACACUUUCAGUGGAGAGCACCGGGCAGGAAUGUUUGGAGGCAGUUGCUCAGAGACUCGAGUUAAGAGAGAUAACAUACUUCAGUCUGUGGUACUUCAACAAGCAGAACCAGCAGAGAUGGAUUGACUUGGAGAAGCCGCUGAAAAAGCAGCUGGACAAGUAUGGGCUGGAGCCAACUGUUUACUUUGGAGUUGUGUUUUACAUACCCAGUGUCACCCAACUGCAACAGGAGAUCACAAGAUAUCAGUAUUACCUGCAGCUGAAGAAGGAUGUUCUGGAGGGCAGGAUCUCAUGCUCUCUAGAGCAAGCCAUCCGUUUAGCUAGCUUAGCAGUGCAAGCCGACUUUGGAGACUUCAAUCGAUAUGAUUCCCAGGAGUUCCUGCAGAAGUUUGUGCUGUUCCCCAUUGACUGGAUCCAAGAUGAGCGAGUACUGGAAGAGGCCACUCAGAAAGUGGCUCUUCUUUAUCAGUCCUUCAGGGGUUUGUCAGCCCCGGAGGCAGAGAUGCUGUACAUGCAGGAGGUGGAGAAAAUGGAAGGAUACGGCCAGGAAAGUUAUCAAGCCAAGGACAAUACAGGCACAGAUGUUACCCUGGGAUCCUGCCUCGAUGGCAUCUUUGUCAAGCAUAAAAAUGGCAGACCACUUCUUUUAUUUAGGUGGAGUGAAAUUAACAACAUGAGUCACAACAGGUCUUUCUUUGCCCUGGAGCUAGCCAACAGAGAGGAGAGUGUUCAGUUCCAGACCGAAGACAUGGAAACCUCCAAAUAUGUGUGCCGGAUGUGUCUGGCCAGACUCAAGUUUUAUAAGAUUAACAAGAGUAGCCUUCAAACGCAGCCCACAGUCGUCAACCCAGUCAGACGGAGAUCUUCUACCAGAAUAUCUCUGCCAAAGCCUCAGAGCUACAUGAUGCCCCCUCCGCAAAUGCACUACAAUGGCCAUUUCACAGAGCCUUACACAUCAUCACAAGACAACCUGUACAUGAACAGUCAGAACGGCUACUACUACCACUCCCAGACCAGCCUGGACUGCUCUCCUCUGGAAUACAACAGCGGGGGACGUUUACGAAACGGCAGCGUGUACAGCGCCCACAGCACCAGCUCUCUAACCAAUCCUCAGCACUACCUUCAACCCUCACCCAUGUCCUCCAAUCCCUCUAUCACCAGUGAUAUCACUAGGCCAGACUACGUCCCCUCGCACCGUCACAGCGCUCUCAUCCCACCCUCCUACCGCGCCACUCCUGAUUACGAGACAGUGAUGCGUCAAAAGAACAGAGGAACAGGAGGAGGAAUGGUUUUGUCUCAAGAGCAUCGGCAGAGCCACUCCAUGAGGAACCUAAACAUCGGAAACUCAUACGCCUACAGCAGGCCAGACCCUCUAGUUUACAGCCAGCCAGAGAUCAGGGGGGAGCACGGUGGAGCAGCACACCACCACCACUAUCCCUUCCAUCUGGGCUCCAGCUUCCACAGCCCGUCUCCUUACCCCUACCCCACAGAGAGGAGACCUGUGGUGGGGGCAGUCAGUGUCCCGGAGCUCACUAAUGUCCAAUUACAGCAGGCCCAAGAGUAUCCAGCCCCCAACAUCAUGAGAACACACGUGUACCGACCACCUCCGCCUUACCCAUACGCCCAUCCCCGUCCUGCUAACAGCACACCUGACCUGUCGCGUCACCUGUACGUCAGCAGUAGCAACCCAGACCUGAUCAUCACGCGGCGUGUGCACCACUCAGUACAAACUUUCCAAGAGGACAGCCUGCCUGUGGCUCACUCCUUACAAGAGGUGUCAGAGCCUCUUUUCUGCGGACCCACACACAGACACCCACAUCAUGCCCAGAAGCGUAAUUCCAUUGAGAUUGCUGGACUAGCGCAUAGUUUCGAGGGGAUGAGGGUCAAAGAGCGGACCAUGUCUUCUUCAGCAGCUGAAACGGCCACGCCCCCUCCAGUCCUGCAUGGAGGUCGCUCUCAGGGAUCUCAGCUCAACGUGUUCUUGGAACGCACAAAGACAGAGGACAGGGGAGACAUUAAGGAGGACGUGCAGUACGGACACAAGAAAUCCCUUUCGGACGCCACCAUGCUGGUUCACAGUAGUGGUGAAGAAGAGGAGUUUGAGGACGACGGCGGACGCCACACUCCACUUUCUCAGGACGCUAUAGCAUCGAUUGUUUCUGACCAGCAACCACAACAGCAUCACAGCUUCACAUCUCUCUCCUCGCUGACGCCUCAGCAACAGACCCCCAUUGAGCCUCCUCCUGCAUACCCCAUAGGUUCCUCCCUGGACCCCUCUAUAACCGGCUCCAUGACCUACAAGGUUCACCCCCUGAUCCAGGAGGGGGAGCCUCUGUACCUGCCGCCAGAUUUACGGCAGCCAAGGAUUAUGCCCUCAGUCUCAGAGGGAGACCUGAGCGGCCAGGCCAAGCAGAAAACUAAGAAAGACUUCAAGAAGAGGCCUGUAUCUGAUGUGCCACCUGGGAAGAAAACAGUGGAAGGCUUGCCCCCUCCGGGCAUGAAGAAAGCAGCUAGGUCAGAGGUGAAGAAGAUGGGCCCUCUGAAGGUGGCUCAUCUCAAUGGGCUGUCAGUGUCCAGGCAGCCAAUGCACGACGAGGUCAAGGAUGAGCCUGAAAGAGCCUCUAAUGACGAGAGGUGUAAAGCGCUGGAGCAGCAUAUGGAGAGUGGCGAGCUGUUAAAGGAGUACGAGAGUAUCCCAAAGCGUCGUCCGUCAGGGGAAUGCACCAUCGCCCAGCUGCCAGAGAGCGGAGACAAAAACCGCUUCCAAGACGUCCUGCCUUAUGACGACACCCGAGUGGAGCUGGUUCCCACGAAAGAGAACAACACAGGCUACAUCAACGCGUCGCACGUUAGAAUAACAGUAGGUGGACAGGAGUGGAGCUACAUCGCCUCACAGGGUCCCCUGUCGAACACAUGCCAGGACUUCUGGCAAAUGGUGUGGGAACAGGGAGUAUCAAUCAUCGCCAUGGUCACAGCUGAAGAGGAGAGCGGCAGAGAGAAGAGCUUCCGGUACUGGCCCCGACUCGGCUCGCGACACAACACGGUGACGUACGGCCGCUUUAAGAUCACCACACGGUUCCGCACAGAGUCUGGCUGCUACGCCACCACAGGGCUGAAGAUCAAACACCUCCUGACGGGCCAAGAAAGGACUGUCUGGCACCUGCAGUACACAGACUGGCCGGACCACGGCUGUCCCGAGGACUUCAAAGGCUUCCUCACCUACCUGGAGGAGAUCCAGUCUGUGAGGAGACACACUAACAGCAUCAGUGACCCAAAGAACACCAACCUACCUGUGCUGGUCCACUGCAGUGCUGGAGUGGGACGCACUGGAGUGAUCAUCCUGUCCGAGAUCAUGAUAGCCUGUCUAGAACACAAUGAGAUGCUGGAUGUCAGAACUGUCCUGUCGAAGCUGCGUAAUCAGAGGAUGAUGAUGGUUCAGACCUUGUCUCAGUACACCUUCAUUUACAGGGUCCUCAUCCAGUACCUCCGCAGCUCCAGGCUAAUCUGAGCGCAACACAUCUUCAUUCCCCAGCACGCAUAGUCAUCACGGAUGACUGUAAAAUGGAAUUAGCAGGUUUGUGCCAAUCUGCGCUGCGUUGCUGAAAUGCAGCAGUCGGUAUUUGAUGGACCCCGUUUUGGCCAAGUAUUAAAUCAGACAAAGCUCAUGGAAUAAUGUGAGGAUAUACAAGAAGCAAUGCCACAUGAAGGAACGUAAAGGACUUGUGACCUGCCUCUAAACAGUAUUAUUUUUUUUAUUUUUUUUACAUACAUUAUUGCUUAAUAAAGCCCAGCACUUUUACAGUACCUUGCUGUACAUAAUGAACCAAUGUUAAGCUGCAUUAAAACAAUCUUUAUUGUAGAUGUCUAUCAAAACAGUCAAUGUAUUUUCAUUGGACUGAGGUCACUUUUUAAAUGAACGUUACUGGAUUGCUGACGAGGUAACUAUUGGUUCUGAGAAUGAAGGACUCGAGUGAUGGAGCGAGAGAAAAAUGUCUAAAACGAAGGUCUGAUAAGAGAGCCCAGAGUUCAGAUGGAUUUUGUCAUGUGGCCUAUGAUGGAAAAGGCACGUCUCCCUGCAUUUAACUAAAUGAGAAUAUAUAGAUUUACAUUUAACAGAAUGAUACUUAUGUCACAUAUAAAUAGAUACAAACAACAAAUGUAUUUGAUGUCUCAGUGGAUAAUUAUGAUCUUCAUUGGUUUUUGUAAAACACUGGAUUGUUGGAAAGUAGAGAUGCUUUGCACAGAUUCCAGAAAUCUGUGUAGUGGAGUAAAAAAAAAAGACGGCAGACGGUUUUUGGGUUGAAAGUAAAACUGGAAAAUUAAUUUUAUACACACAUUUUUCAUUACUUUUUUUUUUUUUUUUAAUCCUGCGAUCUGCUGAAUAGUUGAACUCUGAGUGCUGUAUUUUAGCAACAACAAAAUACAUUCAAAUCUAUGUUGUGCCUAAAUGUGUAUUGUAAAGUCAAAAGGGCUCUGUAUUUUUGCAUAAUAUGAAGGAACAUUUUCUCAUUCAGUGUCAUGUAUUGCUUGUUUGAUUGCAGUGAUGUGUUAACAAUGCCAAUCGAUACAUCAAAAAGAAAACUAUCACAUUCAUAGUGAUCAUAUUUGGUUCAGACCUCUAAAAUCAUGUGAACUGCACCUGUUUUAUUUAAGUAAAACAAAGCCUCGAGAACAUCUAGUAGAGUAAUAGAGUUCAGUGCAGUGUGUUGGGUUUGGCUGCGGCACUCAGUAUUAGUGUGAAGUAGAACGUGUGAGUGAGGGAUCGACCAUCUCCAGUUGCAGUAUUCUGGCUGCUGCUCGUUCUCACCUCAGUGAGAAAUGUCCCUCUGCAGAGACACAUCCUGCUCUUAUAAACGGCCUCCUGACUAUUAACGACCACUUGCACCAUCACAUUUGACUGUUUCCUUUCUGCAGCUACAGGAAGUAUUUAAAACUCGGUAAUCAAUUCAAAAUCACCCGUGCUGAGAGGACGUAUACAUGCACUACAAUGUUUACAUUAAGUUACGUGUUUUUAAUAAUAUAUUUGAUAUACAAUAGUCAGCGAAUUCAAGACGCCAACUUCAUUCAUAAUGUGGCCAAAGUGAAGUGAUCGUUAAUCCCUAAUUUUUUCUUAAUCAGAUGUUUUUCUUGACAAGUUUUUGGUGUCAAAGACGCAUGAGCAGUGACCUACUUAACUGGAGAAAAAUGCAUCUUAACGACGUUUAGAUGUAUUUUAACUGGAUCUUAUGGAUUUGCUGCAGGUUUUUGUUUUUGCUUUUUAAAAAGAUGCUGAUUGAGUCUUAGUGUGAAGACUGAAGAGAAUUAUUUUCUUUUUUGUGUGGCCAAGGUGUAACCAUUUUGUCUAUGUACAGGUCUGUUCAUAAUGUACACAAUGUAAAAUUCUGCUUAUGACAAAUAUUGGUUAUUGUAAAAAACUAUGUAUAAACUGUAUCUAUUGAGCAAAACCGGUAUGCCAUUGGAAGAAAAAAAAAGUGUAGAAAAUCUUUUCAGCCAAGAAUAAAUAUUUGGAAAUAA